GGAGUUACAGUAAGCCAGCUGGCAUGAUGGAAAAGCGGUGCUAUUAAUUCUGUUGGCAGGAUACAGUGUUGUCGUUCUGUACAACCAGGUGAAAUCUGGAUGAUAAGAUAAACCAGGACUGAGCAAUUCCUAGUGUGGCACGCCGCUUUAUGUACUAACAUAUCUAGCGCUGCGACUCGCGAGCGUGGUGAAACUCCUCGUGUUUGCCACCUUUACCGCUCCUUUUAUACGUCCACCCGACAAGCUUCCAUUCUUUUCAUUCUUUCAUUCUUUUUACAGUUGGCGCCGGUCGCCCUCCCAAGCCAUGUUAUCCGCCAUCGGUACAUCCAUCCCUCACAUCCGCAUUUCCCCUGCUUCGCCAGUCAAGGCAUGUCCAGAGCCCUACUCCCCGUUUCUUUCCGCACGCAGCACAGACAAGGAUGAUUGCGAGCACCGCCCACGGUCGCCGAGCCCCCAAUAUCACUUUCCAGCCAUAUCUCCCAGGCAUUCGUCUCCUCUUCGUCCUGCAGACUGUCCUCCUCCAAGAGAGCUUCAUCGUGAUCAGUUUGAUCUGCUUCUCGAAGUGUCGCGUGACAAGAGAGCUGCGCUCGGUUCGAGAAAGGUCCCAGAUCUGCGCAAGGAACUUGCCAUCAAGAACCAGAGAAAUAAACAACUCGAACGUCGUGCAUCCUUCCUAUCAAGAAUCCAGGAACCUACGUUGUCUACUACAGGUUCUAAGAUUCCUGUGGAGUUCCCUGGCGUUAAUUAUUGUACAUUCCCAUCUCUCGGCCUCGGCUCACCGUCUUCUUACUCAUCUGCCGAGGAGCAUGAUGGUUGGAUUGGAAAAGGCCUCCACGAGCGCCGCACCUGGCACGAACAGACGGAUUGUCGUUUGCCUAUCAGCAAGCCCAAGACAGACCUGAACUUGGGUAGACGCAAACUUCCAUCGCUGGAAGAGAUCAUCGCCCGCGUUGGACCACCCCAUCCUCCCCCACCGAUGGCCAAUGAGCCAAUCUUUGCAACACCCCGUCUACCCAUGUUCCUAAGGAGUGCCAAAAACUCACCGUCUACACGGACUGUCUCGGACACGAAACCCUAGUAUCAACAUCGGCAGAUUACAUAUGCCCGUCAGGCGUCGUCAGAGCAGUGACUCCUAUUUCUUAUAUGCGGACAAGCACCAUGCCCAACUCUCCUUGUUACCCGAACAUCGAGGUAGCCAGUCCUCGUGCUCGUGGUAAUGUGAUGUGCAAGUUCACUGAGUCCAAUAUGCACGCCCUUGGCCGAGCCAACACUGCUCGUGAAAUGAUUAC